AUGAGCAGUCACAGCGCCGAAAUGUUCGCGCGUACGCUCCUGCGCAGCAGCAUUGCUCCGUCACGAUCCGCUAGUCGCCUCCAACGCAUCGCUCCAAUCGCACCAUCAACGUCGUGGCGAGCGUCCUCCUCUUCUUCUUCCGCUUCCUCGGCAUCCAAAGCAUCUCCCCCUUCCCCAGACUCAGCAGCCGCAAGUAGCUCGACGAAUGACCAUCGAGCGAUCGGAAAAGCACAAUCGCUCUUUCUUACACAUGACUCGUCGCCAGGAACUCCCUUCAUCCUUCCGCACGGCAUGCGUCUAGCGCGCAAAGUUGAACGUGUCGUCCGCGAUCUCUACGACGUAUAUGGCUACGACGAGGUGCAGUCGCCACAACUCUACAAAACAUCACUGUGGAAGCGCAGUGGCCACUGGGACAACUACCGCGACGACAUGUUUGCGACCGAGGGGUACAAGGAGCGUUUGGAACGCACGUUGCCGGCAGCAACCGCAAGCAGUGUCGAUGGCAACCGCAGUGCGUGCUGCUCGAUUGAAUCCGAGCCGUCAAGUGGGUCGGAGGAUGAGACGUUUGGAUUGAAACCGAUGAACUGCCCUGGUCACUGCCUCAUCUUUGCCUCGCAGGAACGGUCUUAUCGCGACCUGCCCAUCCGCUAUGCCGAGUUUUCCCCCUUGCACCGGAACGAAGCGAGUGGUGCCCUGACGGGUUUGACCCGCGUCCGCCGUUUUCAUCAGGACGACGCACACGUCUUCUGCAGACCCGACCAAGUGGCGAGCGAGAUCGACUCCAUGCUCGCUAUGCUCACCUCGGCCUACGACACGUUCGGCUUUUCGUCGUUCGAGUUGGUCCUCUCGACGCGGCCCCGCGAUUCUUACAUCGGGUCGCUCGAGGAGUGGGAUCGUGCAGAAGCCGGGUUGCGGCAAGCUCUGGACGCAUCAGGACGCAAAUGGGAGCUCAACGAAGGCGAUGGAGCGUUCUACGGGCCCAAGAUCGAUAUUCGUCUUGUGGACGGACAGGGGAGGAGACACCAGACGGCGACGAUCCAGCUCGACUUUCAGCUCCCGCGUCGGUUCGAGCUAACCUAUGCCGACCCAGCCGCCAAAGAGACGGGUGGACGCAGUGUGCCCGUCAUGAUCCACCGCGCGAUUCUCGGCAGCGUGGAGCGCUUCAUGGCCAUCCUGAUCGAACAGACGGCCGGCUGGUGGCCCUUCUGGCUCUCCCCGCGCCAAGCUAUCAUCAUCCAAGCCCAAUCCAACAACCCCGCCCUAACCGAAUACGCCACCAAACUCGCCAAAUACCUCUCGCUCGGUAUCCACCCCGACGCACCCCCCUCGAUCUCCUCCCAACGCCACCUGCAGCGCUUCUUCGUCGACCUCGAAUGCAACCCGCAGAACGAGAAACUCGGCAAACUCGUCCGAAAGGCGCAGCUGGCAAGGUACAACUACAUACUCGUCGUCGGCGACAAGGAAAUGCAAACCAACACCGUCAAUGUGCGCAAGAGGGACGACAAGAACGCGCCUGCCCGUCUGCAGCAGCUCGCCCACCUCGAGGAUUCCAAGCUCGAAGGAGGACAGCCUAAAGGUGGGCAAUACACUGCGCAGGAACUGAGAGACUUGUUCUGCCGAUUGGACUCGCAACACGCUUGGUAG